AUGUCUGCUAACGGUGAGGCUUCUUCUGUGAGGCUCAACGACGAGAUCUCCGGUCAGGAUAACCGCAAAACGUCGCUGGCCAACCUCGUUUCUGCUGCUCUUCAAAAUGAUUCUUCUGAAACCGAGGCCGGCUCUGGAUCGCCGCCCAGGGGUUCUCAAGGAUCGCAGUUCCCAACGUCAAACUCGCGGUCUUCGGAUGCUUCCAAACAGGGCCUUCCUGCGCCGCCUCCGUUGGUGAGUUUCCCACCAUCCCAAUUGCCAGGAGGCUCCAAGGCUUCCACAGGGUUUCCUCCGCUUCUGCCUACUCCAUACACGCGGGGAAGUGCUGGUUCUGCUGGUGCAACCACUGAUUCGGAGGCCCAGCCCAACAAGUACCCUUACAACUUGUACUACAGCAGGCCUCGCAACGGUGACUCUGCUUCUUCUUCGGCAGUGAACUCGACCAACGAGGUGUCUUCAGACCCGAUCUUUUCGCAUUUGCGUGGCCAUAAGGCCGACGGAAAGGAUGUCGAUUCUAGCUCUGAGUCCGACUCAGGCGAAUCUGAUGCCGAGACGUCCAAGCCGGAAGCUGACACUACCGCCGAUGCUUCUUCUCAAAGAGGCUCAGCUGCUAAGAAACAGCGGGUUGGUCAGAAGCCACAGCCACCAAAGCCUUCAGAGGAGAGGCCCUACAGGUGUGUCAACGGAUGCCCAUGGUCAUUCUCGAGACUCAGCGAUCUGAGACGUCACAUGAAGUCGCACGAUACUCCACAGUUUCACUGUCCUUUCUGGGAUAACGAUAAUUCGUGCCACCGGUCUGAUGGUUCUUUCAACCGUCUUGAUGUGCUCAAACGCCACUUGAGACUGGUACACUUCGUUCCUGAGGGCGGAAUCAAAUCUGCGAAACAGAACGGCAAAGGCUGGUGCAAGGGAUGUCACGAGAAGUUUGCCACCAACAAGGAGUUUAUUAACCACUGUCUUGAGUGCGGGAAGACGGCAAACAAUGCCACCGACUGGAAGCCAGAUGUGUCUAAGGGCGAACCCGUUCUCCCCGGAUACGACUUUAAAGGUGCGCGAAUUCCCAACCUCAAGCGGAAGCGUGACGACUACGCGGAUGAAGCUCCAGAUCCAGCUGAAUAUCUGAAGAGUGAGCCGGUUUCCAACACGGAGGGUGUUACAACGGCACCGCCUGCCGCGGCAGCCCCAGCCCCAACCGCCUCUGCCACGGCGGAAAAGGCCUAG